AAAAGCCAAAAAAAAGCCAAAAAAAAAAAGCCAGAAAAGCAAGAAAAGCCCAAAAAGCCAAUCUAAAUCUCCCCGAUCUGAAACCCCAGCCAUGUACAACCCGUACCAGCAGGGCGCUUACCCCAACCAGGGGUACCAGCAAUAUGGACAAGGGUACCCUGCGCAGCCGCAAGCGACCGGGUUUUACCCGGCGGCACAAAACCAGGGCUUCCCACAGCCGCCGCAACCGGGAUUGUUCCAGGGCCAGCAGACCGGCUACCAGCAGCAGUUCCAGCCGCAGCAAUCGCAGCAGACCCCGCCCGGCUUCCAGCAGCCGCAGCAGACCGGCUUUGGGUUCCAGAACCUCGCGCCAGGCGGCCCCCAGGCAAGCGGGUACGCGGCACAGCAGCAGGCGCCGCUCGCGGCGCAAAAGACCGGCUUUUCCGCGGCGCUCCCCGGCGUGCAGCAGAACCAGGACGUGCACAUCCCGAACAUCCGGCUCUCGUUCAUUUCCGCGGCGGACCAGGUCAAGUUCGAGCACUUGUUCCGCACGGCGGUGGCCGCGGGCGAAAACGCCGUGUCGGGCGACGCGGCACGUGACAUCUUGUUGCGGUCCGGGCUCAGCCCGGUCACGUUGGCCGAGGUCUGGGCGUUGGCCGACACCAACAAGCUGGGCUCGCUCUUGUUCCCGGAGUUUGCCUUGGCCUUGCACCUCUGCAACUCCGCGUUGCAGGGCGAGCGCUUGCCCGCGGCCUUGCCCGAGAAGUGGGCCAACGAGGUGCAGAGCUUCGUCGACGCAAUCUCGUUUUCCGUGCCGGAGGACCCCAGCAAGGUGCUUGCCAACACCCCGUUCUCGUCUUUCGCGCCCCUGGCCAGCGACUGGCUCGCGCAGCCGGCCGCGCCUGCCCAGGCCUCGUUCUCCCAGCCGGCCGCGGGGCCCCACAGCAUGAACGCCUUGUCCUCGCAGAGAACGGGCGGCGGCACGUUGGUCCCCUUGCAGCCCCAGCAGACCUCGGGCUUUGUGCCUGCGUCGCAUCCUGUGCAGCCGCAGCGCACGGGGCCCUUGGCUCCGCAGCUCACUGGCUUCUUGCAGCAGCCUCAAUUGACUGCUCAGCGGACGGGGACCAUUCCUCCCACAAGCUUCCAGGCGCAGGCCACGGGCGGAUUCCAGGCACAGGCCACGGGUGGGUUCCAGCCGCAAGCAACCGGAGGGCUCCAGCCCCAGACCAGCUUCCAAAACCAGCAAACUGGCGGCUUCCAACCUCAACAGACUGGGCUCCAGCCCCAAUUGACUGGCUUCCAACCUCAACAGACCGGGCUCCAGCCCCAGGCCACGGGCUUGCCCUUGCAGGCGCAGCCAACAGGGAGGCCCGGCGAGUGGGGUUUUGUCCACACUCCCACAGGCGGAAUUCCAGGGUUGAGCGCCAUGCAGCAGCACUUCUUGCCGUCCGCUCAGCUCCCCUCAAACAACCUCCAGGACGCCAUGGGGGGCUCGUUGAAGAACAAUGUCACCUGGGCCAUCACCAAGCAAGAGAAGCUGAUCUACGAUGGGGUCUUUGCUGCCUGGGACAAGUUUAGAAAGGGGUACAUUGACGGGGAUGUGGCAAUCUCCAUCUUCGGCAAGUCUGGCUUGGGCAGACCCGACCUCGAGACCAUCUGGAACUUGUGCGACUCCAACAACAGAGGGAAAUUGAACAAGGACGAGUUUGCCGUGGCCAUGCAUCUUGUCUACCGUAGAUUGAACGGGCUCGAGAUCCCAUUAAGACUUCCUCCUGAAUUAGUACCUCCCUCCUCCAAGUUGCUCCAGGACUCCGUGGAGUCCAUGAAAUCGUCGUUGAAAGGUGGCUCGGCGGCGAGGAAGGCCCCCGCUCAAGCGAAACCCCCCUCAAGUGCCACGCGGUUCAAGAACGACGACGACAAUGUUUCUUACACUUCCAGCUCACGCCACAGAAGCAGAAACCCGACUGAGAAAACAACAAGUAGUGUGAAGUCUUCGUCAUCGAAAGACUUGACUAUCGAAGAUCUCAAAAAAUUGAUUCGCGAGAAGAAGAUCCUAUUAGACGCUGCUGAUUCCGAAGAUCAGCAUAACUCUAUUGCUGCAAGGAGAGUUGAAGAGAGCAAUGCUAGGGAUAUCGAGAGAACAAAAGCCCAAUUGAGAGACGUUCAGUCCCAGUUGAAUGCCUUAUCAGCUGGAGGAACUGAAGCCGAAAAAGCAGAUCUUUUCACAACCUUAAACCACCUCACCAAAGAUACUGUUCCAAAUUUGAUCUCGAGGAUUUUCCAAGUUACCUCGGAAAUCUCCAAAGCCAAGUCCGAGUUAGCAAAGGCGAGUCUCAAGAAAAAAUACCCCGACUGGAAUCCAGAGAAUUCUGAUUCGGGCAUAGAAGCAACUGGUCCCAAUGGAGAGAUUACUGAGAGUGACAGGCGUAAGUUCAAGUCAAAGCAGCUUUUGAGACAAAGAAUGGCGGCUCUUACUGGGAAACCAUAUUCUGAAGACUCGAAUUCUGAUGCAGAAAUGCAAUGGAAACAAAUGUCAGAAACUGCGGACAAGGAGAGGGAGGCUCAAUCUGCCAUGAUUAAAGAUAUUGAAACAAGUAUCAAGGACUUGGAGGAAGGCGCUGCAAUUCAUUUGGAGGUUUCUGAGAAAUCUUCUUUGGGAUCUAACAAAUGGGAGAACGGAGAAGGCGUAUCGUCAACCUUGAGAAAUUUCAUCAACGAAUUGAAGAAUUUCUCAAAGCCUCAACCGAAAGCAUUGCAAAAUAAUGCCAAUGAAUCUUACCAAAACUCAAGAAUUCUGACUCCCGCACAGCAAGCUCCAAAGGAAAAUAAGCCAGCGUACAGCACACCGGAGGAAAGAGCUGCCUACAUAAAACUGCAGGCCGAAAAGAGAAUGAAUGACCGAUUGGCGAAAUUGGGAAUUUCUAGAAACAGAAAUUCUAGUUUUGGGGCACAAAACAACACUAGUCAACCCAGCAUUUCACAGAAACCCGAAGAAAAGCUUCCAGAGCAAGCAGCACCAACACAAGAAGCCAAGAAGGUCGUCAGUCUGACAAAUGUGGGCGCAUCAGAACAAGCACCGGGGAAUCCGAGUGAAAAAAAAUCAAUGAAGUCUGAAGAUAUUGAAAGUAGUGACGACGAAGCGGAUGAAGAAUAUGAGGCCCUCUUGAGGCAAAAGAAGGAAAUGGAGAGAAAAAGAAGAGAAAAAGAACUCAAGAAACAAGAGAAGGAGGCGAGAUUGGCAAAACUAAAGAAGGAGAUGGAGCUCAUGGAACGUCAAGACGAUGACUGGAGUGACAAUGACAUCGAAAGCCAGCCAAAAGUUCCUCUGUACAAUCCGAGCAACACAUCUGAUGUCCCCUCAAAUGCUACGUCGAUCGAGAAGCCUGAGACGAAGCUUGACAUUGAACCUGAUGCAAAAAGUGAGCCAGCUGAUCAGAUCCCGAAACCAUCCAACAACGAAGCCAAACAGCCACAUAAGAGCAAUCCUUUCUCUCGUUUUGGUACGAAUACUGGCUCGUCUUCUACAUCGAAUGCGCCAUCAUCGAGCACUAAUCCUUUUUUCAAACCCAAUCAAGUCGAUAAACCUCUUGACCAAAAGAAAUUAGAUGCACAAAGAGCAUCUCAGAGGGGGUUGGAUAACGACGAUUGGAGCGACGAUGAUCAAAAGAGUUCAGAUGAAGAGGGUCCAAACAGAGCGGGCGCAGCAAAGUUGGCCAGCUUGCUUUUCGGCGGAAUGCCUCAACCAGUAUCAAAAGACCCAACUGGAAGCUAUCAGACGAAGGCUACAUCACAAACUCUGGAUCCUGUGAAUCAACAUGAAACAGAACAAGAGGAAAAGUCCCUGGAGCCUGAAUCAGAUGACGAAUUUGCCACCCCGUCUCCAGAAUCGGCCCCAGCACAGUCACCAAACAUUUCCCCAGCUCAAGAGCUACCAGCGGCUAUUCCUAGUCAAGCUCCUCCUAUUCCAACUGAUGUCCCUCCUAUCCCUUCAACUGCGCCCCCCGUGCCAACUGAGGCGCCACCUAGAAUGGAAGUGGCCCCUUCACCUAACCACGGCGGACCCGAAUCAUCAGUCCCACCAUUAAAUGUACCACCUCCACCACCACCUCCAGGACCACCGCCACCGGGGCCACCUCCCCCACCAUCAUUUGUACCACCGAGCGGAGGUGAGUCGCUCCCCAAACCUAGCGGUCCACUGGAUAUUGGAGCUUUGCUUGGUCAAAUACAAGGAGGCAAGUCUUUGAAGAAAGUGAGUGAAAAUGAGAAGCAUAUUGCUGAUGCAGCAGUUGUUGGAAGGGUGUUGUAGCCCUAAAUGACAUUGUAGUUCAAUUUAUAAUAAUUCAUAGUAUCUUCAUUAAUAAUGUCUAGCUAAAUAUUUACAGUGUUGU